GUACUUCUGCAGCUGGGCGUCGCCUGGCGCCAUUCGGACAUUCAUUGCCUUGUGUUGCUCAUCUCGCUCUCCGCGUGGUCGACUUGCUCCUCAGCAUUUCUGCUCAAGUUUGUAUUUUGAAACGGCAGUGCGCCGAACCUGCCUGCAGGCGCCAUGGCGUAUUCCGCCGCGGGCCAGAUGGCCCGGUGCUCUGGUGGCGCCUGUUUUGCGAUGCCGGCGGCCCCAGCGGGGGGUUUGGCUCCAGCGCAGCCGCAAGCGGCCAUCCAGGCGGCAGCGGCGCCCGCCGGCCAGCCCGGGUCGCCGGCGGGCCUGGUGGCGGCAGGCGCGGCCGCGGGCGCGGCCGCGGCGGUCGCGGCGAGCGGCAGGCGCUCGCGCAGGCGCGGCGGCGCCAAGAGGGGCAAGGUCAGCCUGAAUGCUGUCAGCUUCUAUGACCAGGAGGGCAGCAAGAUGACGUUCGAGCUGGACGGCAUCCCGUUUGAAAUGGACGAGAAUAAGGUGCUCGGGGUGGGCGCGCAGGGCAAGGUGCACGUCGGCAAAAGACUGGACACUGGCGAGACGGUCGCCAUCAAGCACAUGCCCGUGAAGCACCUGAUCUUGGAUCAGGCCGGCGCGGACAAGAUGGCGCUCAUCGACCAGGAGAUCGCGGUCCUCAAGUCUGUGGGGCAGCACCCGAACAUCGCAGGCUGCGUCGCGGGCGGCUCGGUCUACAGGCGGGGGACCUCCGACUACCCGCAGGCCAAGAUGCUCUGCAUGGAGCUGGUGCAGGGCCGCGAGCUCGCGGAGGCGGUUGCCAUGGACGGGCCCAUGUCCGAGAAGGUGGCGCAGCACAUCUUCGUGGAGGUGCUGAACGGCCUGGCGCACAUGCACAGCCAGGGCGUGCUGCACAGGGACCUCAAGCUGCAGAACAUCCUGGUCACGGGCGACAAGGUCUCCGAGACCAGCGAGGUGAAGCUGAUCGACUUCGGCGUGGCGAAGGACAUGGGCUCCGACGUUUUCGAGACGGUCGUCGGCACCCUUGAAAUCAUGCCGCCGGAGAUGGCGAAGGCCAAGAUCUGCUACAUGCCCGACAAGUCCUCGGCCAGGACGAUCGUUGCCAACUUCAAGUCUCCCCAGGAGGCCAACCCGGGCUUCGGCUUCGUGCAGCGGACGCCGGAGGGCUUCGGCGCGCGCCUGACCGGCGUGGACCCCAACGGCGCGGCGGGCUCGCAGGGCAUCGAGAACGACUGGAUCUUGUUGAAAAUUAAUGACAUUGACGUCGAGACCAUGCUGUUCCAGAUGAACCCAGACGACGCCUCGCACACCAAGGUGCCUAAGAUCGUCAACACCCUCAUGGAGCUCAGCUCCGAUUUCACGAUCACGGCGAUGGAGAGCCCACCCCGCAAGUUUACCGCGAAGGCCGACACCUGGGCCGCGGGCGUGGUUCUCUACACCUGCCUGACCGGGAAGGUUCCCUUCGCAAAAGAACUUGAUAUCAUCGAGGGUGACUACAACAAGGCCCCCAUCGCCGGCUGCUCGAAGGAGGCGCAGGAGCUGAUCGACCAGCUCCUCCAGAAGGAGCCCGAGAAAAGGCUGGCGCUGUCGCAGGCGCUGGUCAACCCCUGGGUGGCGUGCGCGCGGGGCGACAACUGCACGGUGCCCGACUCCUUCCCGACGGAGACCGGCACCGGCCAGGUGAAGACCAAGGUGGUCGCCAAGGUGGCCGCCCCGGUCCGGGCGAAGCUCGGCGAGCCGGGCUCCAGCGGCACUUACGGCGUCAGCUCCGCGAACAGCACCGCCGCUUCGGCGCCCGCGCCGGCGCGGGCGCCGGCGCCACCGCCCGCGCCCGUGGCCGCCGCGCCGGCGCCGCCCCCCGCGCCGGCGCCCCCGCCGAAGCCCGCGCCCGCGCCG